AUGGUGGAGUUUCAUUUUAUCGGUGACGUAGACGAGAUAAGUGAUGAACAAAGGAAAUUCAUUAGUGACAUCGUUGAAAAGCGAGGCUUCAAAAAUGUAAAUAUUAAAAUACAACCAGUUGGAAAAGCAGGUGACAACUAUGCAGCCAGUGUAAAAAGAAUCAUCGUGGAAAACGAUGGUGAAAGUUUUAAAAUGAUUGCUAAGAUAGCUCCAAAGAGUGAAAUGAGACGAGCUGUGGGGUACGUAAAUAACUAUUUCCGAAACGAGCAAGUCAUGUAUACCGAAGUGCUACCUAAGUUUGCUGAAUUAGAAAAAAACGCAGAUAUUCCAGAAGAGGAAAGACUACGAUACGCAAAAUGUUACGGGACGUACAUGAAAGAACCAAAUGAAAUUAUUCUUCUGGAAGAUUUAGAAGUACCAGGAUUCAAGAUACUUGACAGGUUCAUCCCAUUGACGGAUGACACUGUAAGACUGAUUCUUAAAAACCUUGCUAUGUUACAUUCUUUGUCAUAUGUUUUAAAAUAUCAAGAAACAGAAACGUUUGAAAAGUUUUGUGAAAGUCUUGUAAAUUUUUGGUUGCUCAUGGCUAACAUACCUGAAAUGACUGAUUAUUUUGACAAGCUUGACGCUGAUGUGCAAAUGUUAAUAGACGACGAGAAAUACAAAAAUGCGCUUAAACACGCAGGAAAACAACUGUUACCACGUGCAGCAGAACUGGCCGAAAUAGAUUCCAGUACUAAAUUCUCCGUAAUUAAACAAGGGGAUCCGUGGACCAAUAACAUUAUGUUCAGACUUGAGGACGACAGAACAAUAGAAUGCUGUAUGAUCGACUACCAAUUAUCAACACUGAGUAGUCCCGUCGCCGAUAUUCAUUACAUGAUCUUUAAUUGCACCGAUCACGCUACGAGAGCGAAGCAUUUCCACGACUGGAUCGAUUAUUAUCACACGCAACUGAAUAACAAUUUAGCCAAAUUCGGACUAAAGAUCGAAGACGUUUAUCCUAGACAUCAACUUGAUGCAGACUUAAAAAGUUAUAUCAAGGUGUCGCUUGGCCAAGCUGUCAUGUUGGCUUCAGUACUUGUUAGAGAUUCAGAAGAUGCUGCUAAACUUACAGACGCGAUGAAUAGCGCAGAUUCUAGUGGAUCUAUGGAAGAAAUGAUCGAACAAACAAAAGUUUCAGGACUAGGUCCUGAGACGAUAAAAAAGUUUAAGACAAGAUUACAAGGAGUUGUCGAUAGUUUUAUUGAAUUUGGUUAUCUGUGAAUACGUCUAAAAAAACGCUAUUUGUUAAUGUAAUUUUACCGAAAUGAGUAGUGUUGAAUUAAAACAAACCG